GUGAUGCUUAGCGAACCCAAAUUGAACGCUCGGCUAAAGAAAACAAUUGUAUUUUGAAUACUCUGUUUUAAAGAGUCAAACGCAUAAAACAAGACAUUUCAACUGGAAUUGACACCGCUAUCAAACACAUCUUAACGGCGCACAACGGGAAGAGUAUAACCGGCACGGAAGGCAUCAUGGAUCAGGACUAUGAGUGCAGGCUGCUCAGACAGAUCAACAUUCAAAAUGAGAACGCAAGCCCAGUAAAAGCGUUAGGAGCAGUGCGGGCACUGACACCCACCAGCUCCCCCCUGUCCUCCCCUAGCAAGCAUGGUGAUCGCUUUAUUCCCUCCCGGGCCGGGGCCAACUGGAGUGUCAACUUCCAUCGUAUCAAUGAAAUUGAAAAGUCGCACAAUCAAAACAGAAAAACCAAAGAUGGCACAACGGACAGCAACAAAGCGGACGGUCUGGCUUACUCAGCUCUGCUAAAGAACGAGCUGCUCGGAGCAGGCAUCGAGAAAGUCCAAGACCCCCAGUCAGAAGACCGCCGUCUACAGCCAUCUACUCCUGCCAAGAGAAGCCUUUUUAGUUAUUCUGUAAGUACGAAGAGGGCUCUACCAGAAGAAGAUGGAAACACAGUCUCUCCAUAUUCUCUAUCGCCUGUUAGUAGCAACAGCCAGAAACUGCUGCGGUCGCCAAGAAAACCUACACGUAAAAUAUCCAAAAUUCCUUUCAAAGUCCUGGAUGCUCCAGAGCUUCAGGACGACUUCUACCUCAACCUAGUGGACUGGUCCUCUCUGAAUGUGCUCAGUGUUGGACUGGGAACCUGCGUCUACCUGUGGAGCGCCUGCACCAGCCAGGUGACACGACUAUGUGACCUUUCUGUGGAAGGAGAUUCUGUUACAUCAGUAGGCUGGUCAGAGAGGGGUAACCUGGUGGCGGUGGGGACUCAUAAAGGCUAUGUACAGAUCUGGGAUGCAGCAGCAGGGAAGAAGCUCUCUGUACUAGAAGGACACACAGCCAGAGUGGGUGCGUUGGCAUGGAAUGCGGACCAGCUGUCAUCUGGGAGCCGCGAUCGGGUCAUCCUGCAGCGGGACAUCAGAGCCCCGCCUCUCCAGUCGGAGCGACGUCUCCAAGGACACAGACAGGAAGUCUGCGGGCUCAAGUGGAGCACAGACCACCAGCUGCUGGCCUCGGGUGGAAAUGACAACAAGUUACUUGUGUGGAACCACUCGAGCGUCCUCCCGGUGCAGCAGUACACGGAGCACUUGGCUGCAGUGAAGGCCAUUGCCUGGUCACCCCACCAGCACGGCCUGCUGGCCUCCGGAGGCGGCACCGCCGACCGCUGCAUCCGCUUCUGGAACACCCUGACCGGCCAGCCCUUACAGUGCACAGACACCGGCUCUCAGGUCUGCAACCUCGCCUGGUCCAAGCACACUAAUGAACUGGUCAGCACACAUGGUUAUUCCCAGAACCAGAUCCUGGUGUGGAAGUAUCCCUCUCUCACUCAAGUGGCCAAACUUACUGGACAUUCCUACAGAGUACUCUACCUGGCCAUGUCCCCUGACGGAGAGGCCAUAGUGACGGGAGCUGGAGAUGAAACACUUCGGUUCUGGAACGUCUUCAGCAAGAUGAGAUCCACUAAGGAAUCUGUAUCCGUGCUGAACCUCUUCACCAGGAUUCGGUAGUAAGCACGCCUCUGUACCGAGAGGGAAUGAAGCCGGGAAGGGAAUUUAUCUUUGUAUGUAUCCGGCUGUAAAUGGGCCCCUUCUUCGAGUUUCACCUCAGUAGUCUACAGAGGGCCCCCUCGAUCACCUUAGUUGUUUAGCCAAGUUGUAGCCAGAGGUGGGAGUGAGCUGGAGAGAUGCGCAGCCUUGGUGUCGAGGGCAGAAGAGAUGCGUAUGUACAGUAUUCCACUUCCUCCUGAAUGACGGAGCCACCUCCAACAGACCAGUGAUCUGAUGAUGAGGAGAAUUUGGGGGGCCUUUCUCUCCCCGUGUGAUUAUGUUUUUGUUUACAGACUGACGUUGUGCUUACCUGCCAAAUAUUGCGUUUGUCCUUUUGACUGUCUUAUUUAAUUUAUUUAGUUAUUUUGUUUGAUUAACAUUUAUUCCGACUGGUGCGUUUGUUUCAAAGGCUGGUAGAAUUCUUUUUAUGUGUGUAACUGCAGUUUUUGGUCUGAUCUGUGGAGUAUGUUUGGCUUUGUUCAGGUUUUGCAGAAAAAUCCAGGCUUUGUCUUUUUGUAUUUUACUGGGAGAUGAUAAUGUUUCACGCACACUGAUAACCGAUCACACAAUCCUGUGCCAUUUCGACUGUUCAUGGUUCACAAGGUUUGCACAAAUGGCCUUGAUCUCCUUUUUAAAGUCUUAUAUUAAGUUAAUUUUAGCCUAAUAAUAUUAAGCAGUAUUGUUUCAUUAUCUCAAGAAAAUGUAAAGGCAUAUGGCACAUCUUAGAAGAAAACAAUUAUUUGGUAAUACUGUACAUAAGAAGUAACAGUUGCUUACAAAAGUAUAAUUCACAGGAACAUUUUAAAGUGACUUGUGUGGAAGAUUUUUUACUCGUAUUGUUUUCCUACUUUCUAAAUUGAAAAAUCAGACAAGGGAAGUUAAAAUGAAAACACUUUGGCUUUUCAGUGUAGUUUGUAACCGCAACUAAAGCACACAGUAAAAACAUUUGGGAUUACAUCAGUGAAACGCUGCUGCUUUGUGUUGUGUCUGCUAAGAUAUUCAAGCUCAGGGCACUUGUCUUUCACCACUUCAGACCAUUUUUGUGUUAAGCAGUCAUGCAAUUCUCUUUUUCUGAAAAAACAAUUCAUAUCAUCUGCAAGAUUUUCUCCCAGUUUUCAUUGUCUUUUUUUCCCUGUUUGAAUGUCUGAGUCAACUAGCGUGCCACAUUUAAAUGAAUGCUAUUUAUUUGUGUUGUGAAGAAAGGUUCUUGUACAGAAAUGGCAUGUCUGUUUACUAAUGUUAUCUGAGGGAAGUUGAUGGGCAGUUUCACUGCGAGACUUUAUGGAAAUUUCUUUUAAUGCCACUUCAUAAUCAAGACAAUGCUGCCAACUUGAAUUACAGAAAGAAUGUUAAAAGAAAAUAUUUCUGUACUGAGAGAUAAUCAACAAUUAAAUGAUCAUAUCUUGUA